CACACAGCCAUCUGCACAUAAACCUACAGACACACACACACACAUGCAGAGCCGUUCAUACACACACAGACACACGCACACGGAGCCAUCCGCACGCACAGACACAAAGCUAACGUGAAACUGCAUCAGUGUGCAGUGUGCCGUGUGCUGUGCACAACAGAGCAUCGCUCCGACCAAAACUAGGGAUUGUCAUUCGAAACCCAUCAACAGUAACACUACAAAACGUACACCUUUGAUGAUUGAAAAUACAGGUGUGCGAUGUGCACCAGCUCUGCUGGGACCAUGUUGGCUCUUGUGAUCUUGCUGUUGUCUUCCCUGGAUAUUUGUUUUGCAAUAGACAUCACAUUCCGUGUACAAGAGGAGAAGAAUAUUGGAACGUACGUUGGAGAUGUGGCAGCUGAAUCUCAUUUCCUCGAUGGCAUGCUGUCUCAACACACCAAUCUCAUUACAUUCAAUCAACUGCAGCAGAAGCAGGCAGGGGUUUCACAACUGUUCAAUGUUUCCAAAAGAGGGGAGCUCUACACAACACAGAGACUCGAUGCAGAAUCUCUGUGCAAAUAUAAUGUUGAAUGUUUUAAAACGAUCAAAAUUGCGGUCCACAAAGACGAAGCAUUUUUAAAAAUUCUGAAAAUUAAAGUAAUUAUAGAAGAUGUAAAUGAUCAUAAACCAAAAUUUGCUGUGAAAUCUGUAAUGUUAAAGUUUUCCGAGAGAGAUGGAAUUGGGUUGAAAAUGGCAAUUCCUAAUGCUGUUGACAAAGAUGUAGGUAACUUGAAUUCUAAGAUUUCUUACCAAUUAACACGAAGAUUUAGAGAGACAUUCAAGUUAUCUGUGACGAAAAUAAUCACUGGGAGUUCUAAACUUGCCAUAAUACUUAAUGAGAAACUGGACAGAGAAGAGAAAGACAGUUACAGCCUUCAGGUAAUUGCGAGUGAUGGGGGAUCUCCCCCAAAACAAGGGGUGUUGAAUAUUGAAAUAACUGUGACAGAUGAAAAUGAUAAUGCUCCAGUAUUUACACAGAAUAUUUACAAUGUUUCUAUCAGAAGUACACAUGGCAGAUUCUUACCAAUCACUGUUCUGUCUGCUAGUGAUUUAGAUUUGGGCGAAAACGGUCAAGUUACAUAUCACAUCAGUUCUGCGACCUCUGACAUUGCCAAAUCUUAUUUUAAACUGAAUGAAGUGACAGGUGAAAUUUUCACUCAGAAAACAUUAAAUUCCGAACAAAAACAGACCUACAAGUUGUUUGUUGAAGCAAAAGAUGGAGGCAAUCCUUCGUCAAGUUCCACAGCAAUGGUUUUAAUAAAUGUAAUAAACCAACAAAAUACUGUCCCUAAGAUAGACAUUAAUUUCGUCACUGAGUUGAGAGAGAACACUGCUACCAUUUCCGAAGGGAUCAAAGUCGGCAGUUUCAUAGCUUAUGUCAGUGUUAUUGACAAUGAUGUUGGACAGAAUGGUGAGGUGGAAUGUAGCCUACACCACGAUAAGUUCAUUCUUUUAGAUUUAGGAUCAAAAGAAUAUAAAAUUACGUUAAAGAAACCUGUGGACAGAGAAACUAGGGACCACUAUGACAUCAGUAUUUCAUGUGAAGAUAAAGGAUCUCCAUCGAUGAAAACAGAGAGAAAAUUCUUCAUUCAAGUGAUGGAUGUCAAUGAUGUUCAACCACAGUUUAUGAAAGAAGUCUUUAAAUUCCUCACUUAUGAAAAUGGUAAAACUAAUUUCCCAAUUGGUUACAUCAAUGCCACUGACCCAGACCAAGACCUUUCUGGACAACUCUCCUAUCAUUUGUUGAGUAACAAUAAAGUGACCCUACCAUUCCGUAUCACAAGUUAUGGCUUUAUUUCUACAACCAGUUCCUUAGACAGAGAAAAACAGGAGCAAUAUGAGUUCCAAGUGUUUGUCAAAGACAAUGGAACUCCCUCACUGAACAACACUGCCAAUGUGGUGGUGGAGGUUUUAGACAAAAAUGACAAUGCCCCUUACUUUACCUUCCCUGGGGUGAACCCUUUCACACUCGAUGUCCAUUAUCAUCCCCAGAGUAAGAAUGAAAUCGCAGUUCUGAGGGCUUCCGACAGAGACAGCCAUUUAAAUGCUUUCCUCAGAUACAGCAUCCUCAGUGGAAAUGAUAAACUAUUAUUUGAGAUUAACCCUUACACAGGAGUGUUUGCAUUCUCUCGGACAGUUUACCAAAACGAUGCUGGAUCCUAUCAACUGGAGUUUGCUGUAAAAGACAGUGGCACUCCUGUUCUGUCAGCCACUACAACUGUCUCUUUGACACUGACCGUUAGCAACAAGACAUCUCCAGCACUGUCCACCGUCCAGUUAAAGUCUGAUAAAAUGAUCAACUUAACUUGGGUCAUUGUUAUUGUCACAUCUGCUGUGAUAGUGUCGGUGGCGAUCGUAGUGUCCAUAACUCUGUGUGUGGUCAGAUGUAACAACAACCGGAACAACCAGUAUAUCACGGAAAUCAACUCCGACCGAGAAAAAAGCCAUUAUACGUGCGUCACGAAAAAAUCGGACACGCUAAACAGGAGUUCCAACGAUAUGAUGGCCAGGAAUACUCAGUUGAUCGAAACUAAAGCCGAAUUUUAUCCUCAAUAUGAGUCACAAAGUGAAUGGACCACAUCGACCAUUGACAAAAGACCUCAGUCAGUUCUGCUGAGAGGAAGGGCUGCACCAAUGGCCUGUGGAGGGCCUUCAGGAGUAAAGGUGUAGCAAGGCUGGGUUACCAACAAGAUUCACGAAACGAUGAAGCAGUUAAUUAUACAAUGGAGGAAAAUAGUGCCGCACGGAGCAUGCAUGAAGGCCUCUACAUCACAUCACAGCUCAUACCACUAAGACAACAACAGACACAACGGAUUCUAAACGUUUCUCCUUUCUCCCAUUGACUCUUCCAAUAUAUGUUGUUAUUAUUUGGAACAUUUGUUAGUUUACAUGUUAUUGCUCGUGACCCUUCACCUCUGACCUUGCCCCACUCCUUGGGACUGACCCAUAACCUAUGACCUAUCACCCUUGACCUGUUACUUGUGAUGCGUAAAUUAUGGCCUCUAAUACUAAAAUAGCAACAUAUAUAUUCAAAACAAACCUAACCAAUUCUCCUGUGUAUGUGUAUGCAUACACACACACACACAUAUAUACGUAUGCAUUUAUAUAUUUAUGUAUAUAUAUA